AUGGACCACCCUCCUUCAUCAUCGCCGCCGCCGCCGCCGCAGCAGCACCAGCAGCAGCAGCAGCCGGACCAGGACCAGACGCAGACGCAGACGCAGACACAGACACAGACGCACUCCCAGAGCCAUCAACCGCACGGAUUGGGAUCUGGUCUGGGACUGGGGUUGGGAUUGGGCCAGGGACUGCGAAAAGCACCGCAACUGGACGUCGACCUCGAGCUGGUACAACCUCAGGACUCGGCCCUGCCGCUGCCAGCACCAUCUUUACCAAGCCCACGAGCACCACGCUCCCCACGCGCUCCACCUACAGGCACGGCCUUGUCUUCUUCUGGCGCGUCUGGUCCUGCACAACCACGACCACCGCCGCCGCCGCCACCACCACCACCACCACCACCACCCUCCUCUACUGUGUCUACUUCCACUUCUGCUCGCGUCCAGGAGCCGCCCUGCUGCGACCGACAUCCUCCUCUUUCUUCCUUACGGCCCAUUUCUCCCCAGCAGACACCUGACGGAGAGUACACGCGCACGCAUCCACAGGCAGCGACUGUCAACCCACCAGUGCACACCCACGGCCGAGGACAGAGUUUGGGCCACAGCCAGAGCCAAGGUCAAGCCCAGGGCCGAUUUCUCAGCCCAAGUCUUCCACGCCCUGCCAGCAGCAGCACAGCUAGUGCGACCAGCAGCUGCAGCGACUCGAGCAGCGCCAACAGCUACAUUGACAGCGUCUCCGGUGCCAGUCCCAGUGUCACUGCCACUACCACUGCCAGUUCCAGUUCUAGUGAUACUGGCAAGGAGCACGGCGCCAGAGAAAGGGGUAGCCGUCAACUCCACAACGGGGCCUCGUGCCGCUCACAGCCUUCGAGCUCAGCUACCUCGACGACGACCUCGUAUGCCACGACAACUGCGCAAGGCAAUACUCACCUUCUUCGCACCCAUACCCGUCAACCCUUCCCACACGGCGUGCCUUCACCCACGCCCUCUUCGUCGCCGCCCAUGUCCCAUCCUCCGCCCCCAACUGGCCCUCCUCGCCAACCUCAGCAGCAGCAGCAGCAGCAGCAGCAGCAGCAGCAACAGCAACAACAACAACAACAACAACCACAACAGCAGCAGCAGCAACCUCAACAUGGUGCCCCGCCGACACUCCAGCCGGUGAACUACCCUGCCCCAGGGGCUCACUAUCAUCCCCACGGCACGCCAACAGGCCAUGCGCCUCCCCCUCCUCCCCCUCAGUACGGCUACCCAACCCCCGGAGGCCAGCCCGUCGACCAGUACCGACAGAGCCCGACUGGCCCGCCGCCCCAUUCUCUCGCCCUCCCCAGCAUGCGCAGUUUCGAUCAGCAGCAACAGCAGCAGCAACCACAGGGCCAGCCGCAACACCCCGGGCCCCAUCAGCACCACCACCACCACCAGCAGCAUCACCAACAGCAACACCAACAGCAACACCAACAGCACCAGCACCAGCACCAGCAGCCGCAGGCGCCUCAGUAUGCCCAGGUACAGCACCACCCACAACAUCACCAUCCGCACCAGUACCAGCCUCCACCACAGCUGCAGCCCGGGGCGCCGAUGGGCUCUACGAUGGCUCCUGGGCCGCACAUGGGCUACUUUACGAUAAACCAGCCGCCAUAUGGCAUGCACGACCAGAUGGCGAUGCGUUAUGGGAUUCCGCCGGGGCUCUACGACCCUCGCAUGCAACUGAGUGGAGGAAGGCACAAAAAGGCGCGGGGUGAUGAUGGAGCGGAGUCUGUCAAAGUCAUGUCUUUCGCUCUUUCCCUGGGUGUUGCUGACGGUGGGGCUCGGUUGCUAAUAGGAGAUCAAGCGUCGGACCAAGACUGGGUGUUUAACGUGCCGGAAACGACGGAUAAAGUACGUCUGUCGGUCGGCCGCCGAAGACGAGGGGCUGCAUCACUCAGCCAGUCAGGUCACAUCGCCGCUGCGUGCCCUGCCAACUCGAACAGCCCAUUUCGAGACCAAGAGGAAGGGCACGGCACGGUGGGCGGUACUGGCAGCGGGAGGCCAAGGGCGCGCUUCAACAACAACAACAACAACGACGACGACGACGAGGAGCCGUCGAGCCAAGACACUCGUAGCCCCUUGCCUGCUGAUCCGUCGACCGUGAUGUGA